AUGGGCAGUCAGGCCACCUCAGUUCAGGCCAUGAAGUUGGAACAAGCAACCAUGGCGUUGAGUUCUAGCUGCACGCGGCCUGCAGCGGCCAAAGGCUGUCUCGAGUCUCCCAAGUCUCCCGUGGCUAAGGGAGCCGGGAAGUCCGCGUGGAGGGCGGCAGGCGGUCGUGGCGGCUCUGCGUCCAGCUCUGCUGCACUAGAAUCGGGUGAAUAUCUACAUAAUUGCUCUUAUUUUGCUCAGUGGUCCCUGGAUUCUGUAGUAAGUAGGUUUUUUCCACAUGAUAUCUUGCAUAUCUUAGUGCAUGAGAGGAGUUUAAGUCGAGGAAUUCCUCCUUCCCAUCCACCUCCUGAGGAGUUUUUUCAUCCAAGAUGUCUUAAUUUUGAUGCUACUUGUUUGAUGAACUCAGGAGUGGUUCACAUCAAUUGAACUGGCUUUCAGAAAAAGAAUCUGAUGUUUUCAAGUGCAUUGAGGCGAUCUCUCAACAGUGUCAUUCCUGAUCAUUAUAAUCAAUGUCUUGCAGCUGACAUGUCAACAAAAUUUCUUGAUAUCCAACCUUCAAAUAUAAGUCAGCAAGACCAAUUAGAAGCUUUAUGGUCUGCAGUAGACCAAACAAAUUUCCUCGCACUUAUGUCUAGAUGCAUAAAACAAUGGGCAUCAGAACACCCAAAUUCUGCCACUAAAUUGCGCUUUGUUCUUGAAUGGACAUGGAAUAAAGUGAAUGUCACAAAAGAAGAGUUGGACAGACUGUGUGCACCGUUAUUUGAUGGCUCAUGCCAUAUCAUUGAUCCUCAGACUAUACAGUCUAUCCACCGUUGUCAUUUGCUUCUGAGCCACCUUAAUACAGUUCUUAAUUGUUUGUUAGCAGAGGCCAAAAGCAUGACUGAGACAGGCAUUAUCAGCCUGAACAAUAAACGUAUGUUUACUCAAAUAACAUGUCAGUACAUACAAGUGGUUCUUUGGUUCUGUCAUUUUGAGCUUCUACCAGAGGGCAUCCAUGAUGCUGUGCAUUUAAGAAGUUUAUACUAUAACUACCCUGUAAUUCAGGAGUACUACACCAGUUGUCGACAGAAGUGUGAGAGUUUUUCAAGGGGGAAAUGGAAUCCUGACUACCUGAUCAUUGAUGGACUGGUUUCUCACCUAGGAAAUAGGAUUGAGAAUUUGUGGAAAAACGAUGAAGGUGGCACUGGAAAAUAUCCUCCUCCAAGUCUGCAUGCACUGCUUGACAUAUACUUACUUGAUAAUAUUACAGAAGCAAGCAAACAUGCAGUUACCAUCUAUUUGCUGCUAGACAUUAUGUCUUAUUUUCCAAACAAAGAGGAUUCUGCCAUUGAUUCAUUUGUUAAGGUUUUUGACAUUUCGUAUAGCCAGCUGAAACUGAUUAAAGGUUUUUGGUAUAUAGAUCAUAAAAUUUAUGAGAGGGCUUUGGAACUUCUGUUUCACCCAGCCACAGUCAAACCUUUGCCAUGGCAACAUACAAUGAUUCUUCAAGCUUUCAUAAGUCACGGUGAGCACAGAAUCGCCCUCAGAUAUAUCCAUACCAUGAAGCCAACGAUGGCCACAGAUGAAGAUGUUUGCCUUCACCUCACCAUUUUGAUCUACAAUAGGUGUGUGGCUGAGGCCUUAAGUUUGCGGCGGCAACAUUCUAGUAGUUUAAACAGAAAGGACUUAUUAAAGCACACUUACGACAUGUGCCAGAAAAUGGGCCUUCUGGAGGAUUUUCUAAAGCUACCUCUGACAGACACUGAAGAGGACAGUUUGAAAAGAAUUGUGCAAGCCAGUAACAAUGUUCAGAAUCAUAACUUCCUUUUACUUCACCACUUACAUCAUGCCAAUUACAUCCCUGCCUUGAAGCUGAACCAAACUCUGCAGAGGAAUAAUAGCAUGAAUGAUAAUGAUCAUCUUAUGCAUGCGAGAUCUCGGGUUCGAAAUAGCAUAUUAGCCCAAUGUGAAAAAGGGGUUCCUAGAGUUGAGCAAAAAGUAACAAUUGAAAGAGCUAAGCCAUAUAGUCGCUCAACAACCAUUGUUCAAGAAGUUGCUACACCCAAAGUGUUAUCAGCAUUGCCAAAGCCAACUUUAAAGAGAACUGUGUUGUCAAGAUCUGUUUUCAUCAGUAAAGUUUUGUCUGACUUGGAGACAGUUGGCACAAACAGUAAACCUAACACUGGCAUUUCUCUUUACACCAGUCCUAGAAUAAAAGAAACUUCUCCUGUAGUAUCUUCUCUCCCAAUAUCUGAUGCUUCUGUUGGAACCCCAAUUUCACAAGCUUCACAAAAAAUAUCUAAACAGCUGAAUACAGCUGAUUAUCCUGUAUGUCAGCCUUCUCAAAGUAUGAAGGUGUUUCUGCAGAGACCCACCAAAUCUCCUUUGGACCUACCAUCUUAUUUAAUGCCAGUAAAUUCAUGUGUCAAAAGAUCUUGGGACCAAAUUACCAAGGCUAAGGAAUUACAUUGCCUUGAAACUCCUGUUGUGGCUAAGAAAGCUAAAAUUUUGGCCACAACAGUUACUGACUCUGGAUUUGCCAAAUCUAGUCCUCAAUCCAUUUUAAAGUCUUGUCUUCCAUCAAAUCUAGCAUCACCCUCUUUGUCUUCUGGACCUUCCCUAGUUCCUUUACAACUUAAAGAAACUACAGUUUCAUUGAGGGAAGAGGGUAUAACUGCAAAAUGUUCAACUGAAGUUGCCUAUGACAACAAAACAUAUAUAUGUGUUACUACACCACCUCAUUCAAUGCUAAAAAAACCUGACUCACUGAAGACCCGAAAGAAGGUAUCUUUUUCCUUAGACCAUCAAGAAAAUGACCUUCAAGAAUCGCAUGUAAAGCUGCAGGAUACAUCCUCACAUUGCUUGGAGAAAUCAGAUGUGAGCAAAGGAAACAGCAGUACUACACCACCUCAUUCAAUUCUUAAAAAACCUGACUCACUGAAGACCCGAAAGAAGGUAUCUUUUUCCUUAGACCUUCAAGAAUUUCAUGUAAAGCUGCAGGAUACAUCCUCACAUUGCUUGGAGAAAUCAGAUGUGAGCAAAGGAAACAGUAGUGCUUCAACCAUAUUCGACCAGACUUCCAGGGAAUAUCAUGAUGCAGUAUCACCCAAAGACUUCGAAGGUAUGUUUACACCCUUGAAAACUGUGAGCUCUUCUACUAAACUAAUUGCUGAUGUAACAAAAGAAGGGCAAGAUGGUAAUAGUAAUAUGGUUCAAUCUGAAGGAAGUCCUAAAUUGCCAAGACUUUAUGAUACUGAGAAUACCAAAGAUAUUUUGGGGGGUAUUAAAUGUGCCUCUUUUGAUAAAGGACUGUCUCAAAAUCAGCAAAAACCUCAAAAGUCUGUUAUUGUUAGGAGAGGGAGGAGAAGACCAAUAUGUACAAACACAUCAGAAAAUUCAAAUGCUAUGCAAUUUGAAUUACCAAUUAUGUCAGGAAAGGCAUCAAAAGAGUCAAAAUCCUCUAUGCCUUUGGAAUCAACAAUUCAAACUUCAUCUAGAAAAGAAGGUGAAAAUAGAAGUUAUAAAGGAAUUAAAAAAACUACAGAAAAUCAGGACAAUAGUGAAGGCAUGAAUGAAGCAAAUGAUAGUAAAACAACAAGUCCUAGAAGGAGUACCAGGAAAUUGAGAUGUGCUAAGUUAGAAGCUGCUGAAAAUGCAGGAUGUAAACAUGACUUAAAGUCCAGUGAACAGCAACUGUUUACUAGUCACAGUAAAAUGAUGAAAGUUCAAAAAUUUAGUAGAACCGUUGCAAGAGAUUUUCCUAUAUCUGAAUCAACCCUGACAACACAACAGGCAGAAGUUUCCAUGUCUGACACACCUAGGAAACGUGGUAGACCAAGAAACAUAAAUGCUGAUGAUGUAACACCCACAGCUCAUGAGGAGGAGAGAAGUCCCAAAAGGAGAAAAGAUCUUAGCAUUCAAAGGAGAUCUACAAGAAACACCUCAGCUACAAGGAAAAAUACUCAUGCUGGAAAACGAGCUUCAGAGAAGUCAGUUUCAGUUCCAGAAGAGGAACUUGAGACAGUGUUGAGCCCCAAGUAA